AAUCCGCGGCCUGCGAGCCUCGCCAGCCCCAUCUCCCAGGGCCUCGGCGGGAUAAAACCGGUCGGCGAUGCUGGGUGGAUGGGAACAAACUUCACAACCAGGAGAGACGCUGGGCCCAGGACACCGUGGUGGACAGGUGGACGCAGGCAGUGAGGGCCUGCGGCCAGUCGGCCAGGGCAGCGGAGCGGGCACAGCCUGGACCUGUGUUAGGAAGCCCCAGUGUUCCAAAGGCUGCGAGCGACUCCCCGGCGAUGCCUCACAACUCCAUCAGAUCGGGCCAUGGAGGGCUGAACCAGCUGGGAGGGGCCUUUGUGAAUGGCAGACCCCUACCGGAAGUGGUCCGCCAACGCAUCGUAGACCUGGCCCACCAGGGUGUGAGGCCCUGUGACAUCUCUCGCCAGCUCCGUGUCAGCCAUGGCUGUGUCAGCAAGAUCCUUGGCAGUAGGUACUACGAAACUGGCAGCAUCCGGCCUGGAGUGAUCGGGGGCUCCAAGCCCAAGGUGGCCACCCCCAAGGUGGUGGAGAAGAUUGGGGACUACAAACGGCAGAACCCCACCAUGUUUGCCUGGGAGAUCCGAGACCGGCUCCUGGCUGAAGGUGUCUGUGACAACGACACAGUGCCCAGUGUCAGCUCCAUCAACAGAAUCAUCCGGACCAAAGUGCAGCAACCUUUCAACCUCCCCAUGGACAGCUGCGUGGCCACCAAGUCCCUGAGCCCGGGACACACACUGAUCCCCAGCUCAGCUGUCACACCCCCGGAGUCACCCCAGUCGGAUUCCCUGGGGUCCACCUACUCCAUCAAUGGGCUGCUGGGAAUUGCUCAGCCUGGCAACGACAGCAAGAGGAAAAUGGAUGACAGUGACCAGGACAGCUGCCGACUGAGCAUCGACUCGCAGAGCAGCAGCAGCGGGCCCCGGAAGCACCUUCGCACGGAUGCCUUCAGCCAGCACCAUCUUGAGUCGCUUGAGUGCCCGUUUGAGCGACAGCACUACCCGGAGGCCUAUGCCUCCCCCAGCCACACCAAAGGCGAGCAGGGCCUCUACCCGCUGCCCUUGCUCAACAGCGCCCUGGAUGAUGGGAAGGCCACCCUGACCCCUUCCAAUACGCCCCUGGGGCGCAACCUCUCGACUCACCAGACCUACCCUGUGGUGGCAGAUCCUCAUUCACCCUUCGCCAUAAAGCAGGAAACCCCCGAGCUGUCCAGUUCUAGCUCCACCCCUUCCUCUUUAUCUAGCUCCGCCUUUUUGGAUCUGCAGCAAGUCGGCUCCGGGGGCCCAGCCGGCGCCUCGGUCCCGCCCUUCAAUGCCUUUCCCCAUGCUGCCCCCGUGUACGGGCAGUUCACGGGCCAGGCCCUACUCUCAGGGCGAGAGAUGGUGGGACCCACGCUGCCCGGAUACCCACCCCACAUCCCCACCAGUGGACAGGGCAGCUAUGCCUCUUCUGCCAUCGCAGGCAUGGUGGCAGGAAGUGAAUACACUGGCAAUGCCUACAGCCACACCCCCUACUCCUCCUACAGCGAGGCCUGGCGCUUCCCCAACUCCAGCUUGCUGAGUUCCCCAUAUUAUUACAGUUCCACAUCAAGGCCGAGCGCACCGCCCACCACCGCCACGGCCUUUGACCAUCUGUAGUUGCUAUGGGGAUGCUGGGAGUGACCAGGCAACAGGAGGACUCAGCCUGGGACAGGCUCCAGAGAGUCAUACAAAGGAAUCUUUAUUUAUUACAUGAAAAAUAACCACAAUUCCAGCAUCGCGGCUCACUCCCUGUGUGGCUAAUUUAAUGAAUUAUGAAAGACAGGAUGACCUUGGAGAAGGCCAAAAUGUCUUCCAAGACUCCUUGAAGAGGGACAGGAGUCCCAGGGGAAGCGAAUCACUCCAUUCCAAAAGUGACAGAAGUGGAGGAGAAACGUGCCUGGGCUGAUUCCCACCCAAAGAGAGAAGAGGAAGCCAUGAGGAGCUGGAGGGAGGUGACAGAUGGGGCCUGCUUGGCCCAAGGGUACACAAGGACCACUUGCGUGGCUCUGCCAUCCACUCGACUCCAGCAGUUGUGCUCUGUACGCAGGUCCUUCCGGCCCACGGGGCACAGCCUGUGGCAAGGCUCUCCCCGUCGGCCAUCCUGAGAAUCACCUCCUUCGGUCUCCUGCCAUCUGCUGUCCAGCUCGCUUGGCUCUUCCUACACUUUCCUUCCGAGCAUGGGCUGAAGGCUGGGCGAGUAGACCAGAAUUCCACCAGCUGACCUCCCUUUCCCUGCUGCUGUCAGUGUACAAGUACCACCCCAGCUGCUCCUACAGCGGCUCAGCUCUUGGGCAGCUGCCAUCAGCCAGAAAGCAACUGGAGACAGACACCCCAAAGGGCCCUGGCCCCUGGGGGUGAGGUGCAGCUCCGCCCAGGGCAGGCGCAGGCACAAAGGCAGAGAGAGACCCAAUCCCUUCCCAACAGCUCCUGCCAAGCCGAGGGUCUCCUGCACUCCGGCCCACGCAGACACCAAGGAGACCCCGAAGCACCCCCUGAAGCCAGCAAGGAGGGUCCCUGUCUGGCCCCCGCAGUUCCUGCCCACAACAUCUGACUGUAAAUACUGUAAAUGAAGUUCUAUUUGGGCCGAGCUUCCCUCUUUCCACCCCCUCCUUUGGCCUCUGAGUGAAUUGUCUCCCCACCAUGUUGGGCUUCUCUCCUUGACGCUUCUUUCUUUUUUAAGGACAACCCACCAUUACCACAUGACUCAAUAAACCAUUGCUCUUCUUCUUA